CUGUCGAAGCCGUUUAAUUAGACUCGUUACGGUAAGCCAUAAUGGCUUUCACUCUUGGUACAUUGUUUGAGGCUGCUUUACUUGUCAUCAAUGCUAUAGCAAUACUCAAUGAGAAAUAUUUCCUUAAGAAAGUUGGCUGGAGCACUGAUAAUAGGAACGAGGGGUUUGGUGAUCAGUCAAGCAUCAAGUCGCAAUUAAUAUCAUUAAUAACAGCUGUACAGACUUUAUUAAGAAUACCAUUGAUAGCUGUAAACAUCCUGGUGAUACUAUAUGAACUCAUUCUAGGAUAAUGAAUAAAGAUGAUAAUUCAUGAUCACACUGUGCAAUGUAUAUUCUCUGUUUUUCUUUCUCUCUCUCUCUAAUGAUUAUUAAAUUUUAUAAUUGUUGAUACUAGCAGUUUAUGCUUGA